CCCAGCGCUGCCAAUUCUAAGGAAACUCUGCUGAAGCUUCCCAUAAAGCGGGUUCUGCUGGGCAGGGGAACGCGGCUGGGACCAUGCGGCUGCCGGAGAUACUCGGGCUUCUGAUAGCAGCUCUGGUGGUAACUGUCAUAUCCCAGACCCCUGAUCACCAACAUGGCUGUGCUCAAGGCAGCUGCUACCCAGCCACAGGGGACCUCCUUGUUGGCCGAGCCAACAGACUCAAAGCCUCAUCCACCUGCGGGCUCCGAAAAGCCGAGCCCUACUGUAUUGUGAGUCACUUACAGGAUGAGAAGAAGUGCUUUGUGUGUGAUUCCCGCAGACCCUACAACCGUCUGUACAACCCUAUCAGCCACCGUAUGGAAAAUGUCAUAACCGCCUUCACUGCUCAUCGUGGGAAAUCAUGGUGGCAGUCUGAAAAUGGUGUUUCUGAAGUCAGCAUUCAAUUAGAUCUGGAGGCUGAGUUUCAUUUUACUCAUCUCAUCAUGACCUUCAAGACAUUCAGGCCAGCAGCUAUGUUGGUGGAGCGUUCCUCAGACUUUGGCCGUACGUGGCAGGUGUACAGGUACUUCGCUCACGAUUGUGCAGGCUCCUUCCCCAAUGUGACGCGGACUAUACAGCGGAAGGUCGACGAUGUUAUUUGUGAAACACGUUACUCUGACAUAGAGCCGUCAACUGAGGGAGAGGUGAUUUACAGAGUUCUGGAUCCAGCCAUUCCUAUUCGAGAUCCGUACAGCCCCAAUAUACAGAACCUCCUGAAAAUCACCAAUCUCAGGAUUAAUUUCACCAAGUUGCACACGUUGGGGGACAACAUGCUCGACUCGCGCCUGGAGAUUAAGGAAAAGUAUUACUAUGCCCUGUAUGAGCUGGUGGUGCGAGGAAACUGCUUCUGUUAUGGCCACGCAUCGGAAUGCGCACCCAUUCAAGGCUUCUCCGAAGACGCAGAGGGCAUGGUACAUGGGAGAUGCGUGUGCAAACACAACACAAAGGGGCUCAACUGUGAGCAAUGCGAUAGCUUCUUCAAUGAAGUUCCCUGGAGACCAGCUGAGGGACGCAGCACCAACGCCUGUAAAAAGUGCAACUGUAACAAUCACUCGAGGAAGUGUCACUUUGAUAUGGCCGUGUACCUGUCCACCAGGAAUGUGAGCGGUGGAGUGUGCGACGACUGCCAGCACAACACUAUGGGCCGGAACUGUGAGCUCUGCAAGCCUUUCUUCUACAAAGAUCCGGCCAAGGACAUCAGGGACAGUGCUGUCUGCAGAGCCUGUGACUGUGACCCGGAAGGCUCUCUAGACGGGGGUCUGUGUGACUCUCAAGAUAACCCAAGUUUGGGACUCAUUGCUGGACAGUGUCGGUGCAAGGAUUUUGUAGAAGGGCCACGCUGUGAUAGAUGCAAGGCUGGAUUCUUCGGGCUCAGUGCAGAUAAUUUCCAAGGCUGUCAACGAUGCCAGUGUGACCCCAGAGGGACCGUGUCCGAUGGCUCCCAGUGUGACGCGAUCAGCGGGGACUGUUUCUGCAAGCGCUUUGUGACCGGACGAAGCUGCAAUCAGUGCCUUCCAGAAUACUGGGCUCUUAGCCAUGAUGUCUACGGAUGCCGGGCGUGCGACUGUGACAUUGGGGGUGCAUGGGAUAACAAUUGUGCUACAGAGACCGGACAGUGUCGCUGCAGAAGUCAUAUGGUCGGAAGGCAGUGUAACCUAGUAAAGUCUGGUCACUACCGUAUCAACCUGGAUCAUUAUACCUAUGAGGCAGAGACAGCCUUGCACAGACAUGGAUGCUCGGUGUCAGAGAGGGAACAUCCACAGGGUCGUCCAGCUACUUGGACCGGUGCUGGGUUUGCGCUUGUCCCGGAGGAAGGGGUUCUAGAGUUUCAGAUCAGCAACAUUCCAUAUUCUAUGGAGUACGACUUAGUCAUCCGUUACGAGCCCCAGCUUCCAAACAGGUGGGAGCUGGUCAAGAUAUCUGUGAUUAGACCCGGAGCUAUCCCAACCAGUAGCCCUUGUGGAAACACCAUCCCAUCAGAUGACCUCCUAACUGCAUCUCUACCCGCAGGCUCCAGGUAUGUUAUCCUGGAGCAGCCCGUGUGUCUGGAACGCGGCGUCAGCUACACAAUCCGCCUGGAAUUCAUCAGGUACAGCUCUUGGGAGCAGGUGUUGGGAGCCAGCAUCCUUAUCGAUUCGAUUGUGUUGAUUCCUCGCUACUCUUCUUUGGAAAUGUUCAUAGGAGGCGACCCAGCCUCCAUUCAUCGCAAGGAGACCUUUGAGCGCUAUCAUUGUCAUGGUAACAGCGGAAGUGUAAUAAAAUCCCCCACCACGGAGGUGUGCUCCAACUUAAUCACAAGCAUGUCAGCCGUCGUUCAUGACGGAGCGCUCGCUUGUAACUGCGAUCCUCAAGGGUCCUUGAGCUCAGAAUGUGACCCCAAUGGUGGGCAAUGCCAGUGUAAAGCCAACGUUAUUGGCCGUAGAUGUGACCGAUGCGCUCCCGGAACACAUGGCUUUGGACCAGCCGGAUGCAAAGCCUGUGAAUGCAGCGCAGAGGGCUCCUUCCAUAACUUCUGUGACCAGUACAACGGACAGUGCCCUUGCCGGCCCGGGGCAUUUGGAUCGAGGUGUGAUCGCUGCCAGCCUGGGCACUGGGGCUUCCCAAAUUGCAGGAGGUGUCAGUGCAACGGCCAUUCUGAAGAGUGCGACCAGAGGACGGGCGUCUGUCUGAACUGCAGAGACCACAGCACAGGAGACAGAUGUGAAAGAUGCAUUUCUGGUUUUUACGGGAACCCUGUCCUCGGCUCCGGCGAUCACUGCCGGCCCUGUCCUUGCCCCGAUGGCCCUAACAGCGGACGACAUUUUGCCGCCUCCUGCCACCAAGAUCCUCGCUCCAAGCAGGUCAUCUGCAAUUGUAACCAGGGUUAUACAGGCUCACGAUGUGACGAGUGCGCUCCGGGAUAUUAUGGGAACCCAUUCCAGAUCGGAGGUCGAUGCCUUCUCUGCCAAUGUAACAAUAACAUCGAUAUGACAGAUACUGGGGCGUGCGACCGCCGCACCGGACAAUGUCUCAAAUGCAAGUACAACACAGAAGGGACUUUUUGCGAGCACUGCCGGAUUGGCUACUAUGGUGAUGCAUCAAGACGUAAUUGUAGAAGGUGCAUUUGCAAUUUCCUUGGAACAGAUGGGAGCCAAUGUUCCUCCAGAGAUGAUUGUGUUUGUAACAGGAAUACCGGCCAGUGCCAGUGUUUGCCCAACGUCACAGGUCUGAGCUGCGAUCGAUGCGGUCCUAACUUCUGGAACUUGGCCAGUGGCAAAGGUUGCGUCCCUUGCAACUGUGACCCCCACAACUCCUUCAGCCUGGCUUGCAAUGAGUUUACAGGGAAGUGCCAAUGCCGGCCUGGAUUUGGUGGACUGACGUGUACCGACUGUCAAGAGAAUUAUUGGGGAAAUCCCAAUGUUCAAUGCAGGGCAUGCGACUGUGACGGCCGAGGCAUCGAAACGCCACAAUGUAACAGGGCUACCGGUCACUGCACUUGCCGCCAGGGGGUAUCAGGUGUUCGCUGUGAUCAGUGUGCCCGCGGCUUCUCCGGCCACUUUCCGGAUUGUCAGCCAUGCCACCAGUGCUUCGGAGACUGGGAUCGGAUUGUUCAAGAUCUGGCCACCCGCACGCGGGAUUUAGUACGUCGGAGCAAGGAUGUCCAGCAGACUGGCGUAGCAGGGACCUUUAAAAAGAAUUUCCGUGACAUUGAGGCCAAACUAGCCAAAGCUCGUGCCAUUGUGAAUGCCCGUAACGCCACUGUGGAGUCUGUUACAAACCUUAUGAAGAUAAUGGACGACCUUCGGAAUAAAAUAAACGAGUCUACGGAGACCCUGACCCAGCUGGAAGGAGAGCUGACCAGCAUUCAGGACGAAAACUUUGAUGCCAACCAUGAUAUUUCAGAGCUGGAGAGGGACGUUCGAAAUUUGAACAUGACUGCCAAAGAGCAUUCUCAUCAGCUCGAUGUCCUCAAGAACUCCAACUUUCUAGGAGCAUAUGACAGCAUUCAUGAGUCUUAUACCAAGUCCAGAGAGGCUGAGAGUUUAGCCAAUGCAUCUGCCAUCGACGUCCCCAGCCCCGUUAGUGACUCUGCAAUAAUCCGGCAAAAGACGGAGAAACUGAUGGGACAAAGUCGGGAUGACUUCAACCGCAAGAAUGCAGCAAACCGUCGGGCAUUGAAUGAUCUGUCGGCUAGAGCUGAAACCCUUGAUACAAAAAAGAUUAAUGAAAAGGUCUGCGGAGCUCCUGGAGACGUUCCAUGCUCUGAGAGUCCCUGUGGUGGAGCAGGCUGUCGGGAUGAUGAGGGCAAAAGACACUGCGGUGGCCUGAACUGCAAUGGAGCAGCGGCCACCGCCGACAAUGCCCUGGACCGAGCUCGUCACGCAGAAGAAGAGCUCCAGAAAGCAUUGGGAGAGGUGGAAGUCCUAUUCCAGAAGGUUGCAGAUGCCAAGGCAAAGGCAGACAGAGCCAAACUGAGAGCCCAGGCCACUCUCGACAGAGCAGAGGAAACAAAGGCAAGAGUAGAGCGCUCCAACAAAGAAAUGAGGGAACUCAUCCAGCAAAUCAAAGACUUUCUGAGCCAGGAAGGUGCGGACCCAGACAGCAUUGAGAUGGUGGCAAGCCGUGUUUUGGACCUCUCGAUCCCUGCCACCCCACAGCAGAUACAACGUCUGGCAGAGGAGAUCAAAGACAGAGUGAGAACCCUCUCCAACGUGGAUGCCAUAUUGGAUUAUACAGCAGAUGACGUCCGGAAAGCCGAACACUUGCUACUAGAAGCCAAGCGAGCCAAGAGUCGGGCAGAGAGCGUGAAAAACACAGCUGAGUCUGUAAAAAGGGCUUUAGAAGAUGCCAAGAGAGCUCAGGGUGCUGCCGAAGGGGCUAUUCAGAGCGCCAAUAACGACAUUGAAGACACAGAAGUGAAGCUCACGGAGAUCCACUCGGCCACAUCAAACGCCGAGAAUCGACUCAACGACGCCAUGGAGCGAGUAGGGCAGCUGGACAAACAAAUCGAUGCCCUCAAGGUCAAGAGGGCCAGCAACAGCUUGGCGGCCAAUCGCGCGGAGGAGACUGCCGGCGCGGCACUGGAUAAAGCCAACGAUGCCAAAAAGAUACUGGAUGGGCAACUUGCAGUCAAAUAUAAAAUGGUUCAGAAUCACGUGGAACGGAAAGCGAAAACCAUCAAAGAAGCAAAGAAUAAAGCAGAUCAACUAAGAGAUGAAGCAAAGGCCUUAUUGGAUAAUGCUCAGGAUAAGCUGAAAAGGCUACAAGAACUCGAAGCUCAGUAUGAGAAGAACGAGAUUAUUCUUCAAGAGAAGGCGAAGCAGCUCGACGGCUUGGAAGACAAAAUGAAAGAUAUUCUGAAUACUAUAAACCAACAAAUUCAGAUCUACAAUACAUGCCAAUAAUACUCAAUCCUAAAUCAAAAGGUCAAUAAAUAACACUUUUCUAUAGGAAACACCGUAAUUGUUAAAAAAAAAACAAAAAAAACAGCAUUCAACACUGAAAAACUUUUAUGCUAUUACAGAAGAUUCUUACGUGGCAAUAAACUUUUUUUUUACUCAUAAAAAACCCAAAAUUCUAAAACUGAUAAAAGUAAGGUUUGUCUAAUUGUAUAAAAAAAAGUUACUUUAUCGUUAUUUACUUAUUUUUUAUUCUUUUAACAGUACUUAACGGCACGUUGAUUUCUUAAAUAGGUAACAGCAGUUUUGUUUGUCAUCUUAAAUGAAGGGUUACAUUUUUUUUUGCGUUUUCUGAUGUUUUCAAUGUUUUAGCAAAUAAAUCAUAUUUGCUGCUUCUACUUCUGCCAGGCAAAAAUCACAGAUUCCUAAAAAAAUAUCCCUAGCUCAAUAUUAAAAAUAUACCGCUGGAUAUCAUUAAUAUAAAAUAUAAAUAUAACACAAAUAUUCUUGUUUUUGGUUAAUUUCCAUCACAGAAGCUGCCGGCACAUGUACCAGAUAUUAAAAAAUUUACCUAAUAAAUAAAUCACUGUAAAAGAAGCCAUUCUAAUGCAAAUUGGUGUAAUCACCUUAGCAACUGAUGGACUAUACUUGCUCAUUGGGCCAACCUGUUGGUUGCUAUAGUGAUAACAAUGUACCAGUAACAAAAAAACUCACAACCUACAAAUGUUUUAACUUUUUAACGGCUACAAUAAUAAAAUAAUUUUAAAAAAAAAAGCAAACAAAACUUGAAAAUAUAGUUUUACUUUUUUAUCAAAGGAAUGUAUGCAAAAUAUUAAAAAACAGUUUCCAUUCAGCACACAGUGUUUUAAAAAACCUUAAAAAAUAUUUUCUUAUGUCACAUUUUACGUUAUUAUUUUAAAAAUAUUAACAAUAUAAGAAAUAAAUGUUUUGCUCGCUCUAUAAA